AUGUCCAAACUCUUGUUCCUCGCUGGUCUUGCGGCGACUGCGACAUGCGCACUGGCAGAUGUAGUACCCGGUGAAAAGGUCAUCAUCAAUGCGCCAGGACAGCCCGAUAUCGACGACGGGAUUUCCGAAACUGGGGAAAGGGAGCCGUUCAAUCCCAAGCGAUUCAGGAAACGUAAGAUGCAGUGCUUUGCGUGGGAUCGGAGUUAUGACCCUUGGAUGGAGAACUUGCUUGACAUCACAUGGGUAGAUCUAAAUCCGGAAGCAAAGCGGACUAUUCUGUUCGUACAUGGAUGGCCUGGCCUCUGGUCGACAUGGUCCAAUCAAAUCGAGGAAUUCCGGGACGACUAUCACUUGCUUGUCCCCGAUUUGCGAGGCUUCGGCUGGUCAUCCCACACUGGCGAUCCCGAAAACUCCGGCACGAUCCCAGAUAACGUCGAUGACCUUGUAUGCCUUCUCCAAGCCGCAAAUGUCUCCAAGGCUGUGUGUGUCGGACACGAUUGGGGCGCCGCUAUCUGUUGGGAAGCUGCCCGCCAACGGCCGGAUUUGUUUGAAGCUGUUGCUGGUGCUUCGGUUCCGUAUCUCCCCGCGAAUGGGCCAUUUGUCCCCACGGAAAAUCUCCUUGGGUAUUUCCCUAAGCUCGCGUAUCAGCUUUAUUUCGGAAAAAAGACAAAGGAGGCCUACGAGGAGCUGGAGAAGGAUAUUCGCAAAACGCUCCGCUCGGUUUACCGCACGUCCGGCUCGAAACCUCCGGCGAAAUUCUUGACGAGCCAGGAUAGCUUUUUAGAUGCGUACGAAGAAGCUGGAGACAAGCUCGAGGAACGUAUUCCUUUCUUUAGCAAGGUCGAAGAAGACUACCUGGUCAAAGUCUACAAGGUCCAGGGAUUCAAGAACAGUUUAUCGUUCUACACCCAUGGUACUAAAUACCGAUCUUGGGAGUUUGCGCAUAACCAGGGCAACCACACGAUCCCCCAGCCUGCGCUAUUCAUCAAUCCCACCGAGGACACGGUGGCGGACUGGGCCAAGGUAUCAGAAGUCGUUGGCUCGGCCAAAUUCGUCCCCCAACUCGAAACGGUGUCGCUCCAAACAUCACACUGGCCGCAACUCGAGAAACCGGAAGAGUUCAACGCCGCCCUGCGCGCGUGGCUUCAGAAACUUCCACCUGUUGGUUCGGUCGACUAUACUACCCCCGAAAAAGAAAAACCCAAACGUGCCGAGGGAAAGAUUGUCGAUUUGGACGACAAGAUCCAAUCACGUACGGAGGCUCAUGAAGAACUUUGA